UGGCAACUCGCCUACAACCCACGCCGCGAUUGUUCUUGUCAAGUCUUUAGAAGCGUUUAAUAAUUUCAUAUCAAUUCACAAUUUGUCAAACAUUAAGAAUGGACGUGAGGCCCAACAGCACGAUUUACAUAAACAAUCUAAAUGAAAAAGUCAAGAAAGAAGAGUUGAAGAAAUCAUUGUAUGCAAUCUUUUCACAAUUUGGACAAAUUCUCGACAUUGUGGCACUGAAAACAUUGAAAAUGCGUGGACAGGCAUUUGUUAUUUUUAAGGAAAUAACUUCAGCCACUAAUGCCCUCCGAGGGAUGCAAGGAUUUCCCUUUUAUGAUAAACCGAUGCGCAUACAAUAUGCCAAAACAGAUUCUGAUGUAAUUGCGAAGAUGAAAGGAACAUUUCAGGAACGUCCUGCAAAACCAAAACCUGAAGGAGAACCAAAGAAAAAGAAGAAGAAGGAAAGUAAACAACAAGUGGUUGUUCCUGGUAGUUUUGGUGGCCCUGCUACUUAUGGAUAUCCAGCAGUUGGAGGGGCUGGAGUGCCUGAACAACCACCUAAUCAAAUUUUGUUCUUGACUAAUCUACCAGAAGAAACCAAUGAAAUGAUGUUGUCCAUGUUAUUCACACAAUUCCCUGGUUUCAAAGAAGUCCGUUUGGUUCCUGGCCGACAUGACAUCGCAUUCGUGGAAUUUGAAAAUGAAGUACAAGCUGCUGGAGCUCGAGAAUCCUUGCAGGGUUUCAAAAUCACUCCAACACACUCAAUGAAAAUUUCCUUUGCCAAAAAGUGAUUCCUGCAUUUAUUGAGUCAACUUUUGGAAAGCUUUCUGUUAAAUUGACUGAUUUAUGCAAAUACAUGCAUUGCACCCAUUGCUUCUUCUGACCGAAGAGCAUUGCACAAAUGGGCAUCACAUCUGUGAUACCUUUUAAAA